CGCGAGACUUGGCGCUCUAUAAAGCGGCGCGGGGCGGGGCCUCACCCCUUCCUGUGCCGCGGAGCCGCCAUGGACACGAGCCGCGUGCAGCCCAUCAAGCUGGCCAGGGUGACCAAGGUGCUGGGCCGGACCGGCUCCCAGGGACAGUGCACGCAGGUGCGUGUGGAGUUCAUGGACGACACGAGCCGCUCCAUCAUCCGCAACGUGAAGGGACCGGUGCGCGAAGGCGACGUCCUCACCCUGCUGGAGUCGGAGCGUGAGGCCCGGCGGCUGCGCUGAGCCGACGAUGAAGCCUGCCGGCCUUUCCUCGGAGCGGUUGGUCGGUAUCUGCUGGGCCAGGCGCCGGCCGCGGCUGGAGAGGAGCGUGGAGGUGGCGUUACUGCAAUAAAGGGUUUGUCCAGUG